AAUUCUGAAGAGCAGAUACCAAACACUGGAAUCCCUUUGUUCAAGAGUGAAGAAAAGCAUUACUGUAGUUGCUCGUAAUUCUGAUUUGAAACUUUGCGUCUCAGCGUCUGCCAGCAUGGGACUCAAACCUGAUGAGUUGAUAAUCCAGGGGAAAAGAGAACUGGUGUGUGGGAACAUCAUCAAAGCGGUCGAAAGCUUUGAAAAAGCGUGCGAGGUUCUAUCUCUUACGUUAGGUGAUUUACACGAAAAGCUUGCCACUCCAAAUUUGCUUUAUGGUACUGCUCUCCUCGAAUUAUCGCGAAUGGAAAGCAGUGUUAUUGGCAAUGCACUGGAUGGAAUACCUGAUGUCGGUGAUGACUCAGAAUCAGAUGAUGAAGCCGUUGAACCUACAGCCCUAACAGCUGAGGAGAAGGAUGAUCUAUCCAAUCAAGUAAUAGAUGCAAUGGUGGAGGAACAGAAGCAGGAGGACCAUGAGUCUGAUGAUUCGGAGACAAGUGACGAAAAUGGUGAACUUAGUGCGACUGAUAAGACCGCCGGGGAAAACUCACCAGUCGACACUGCUGCAGAUGUGGAGGUUCCAGCUGAGGGUGAUAAAUCGGAUGGAGAGGAGACUGAAAAUGGAGGUACGGAAAUGCCUACAUCUGAUGAUGGUGAAGAAGUGUCAAACCUCCAAAUCGCUUGGGAAGUUAUUGAAGUCGCAAAAAAUAUAUUCUCACAAAAGAAUGAUGAUGACAGCAAGUUAAGUGUAGCUGAAUGUUUGGAGAAACUUGGUGAAAUUAGUCGGGAGAAGGAGGAUUAUGAUCAGGCGAUAGAAGACCUGAAGGAGUGCUUGCAAAUCCGAUUGGGCGUUCUGGGCAAGUCAGAUCGUUCUGUUGCAGAAUGCUACUAUCAACUAGCUGCAACCUACGCCGUUUCCGGAGACCUAGGUAACGCAAAGAGCUCUUUUGAAGAAUCAGUUAACUGCCUUAAGAAGCUAGCGGAAGAUAUUAGAAUAAAAAUAGCACUAAUCAAAGAAGAUACUAAGGAAGAAGAAAGUUUACUACAAACACACCUUAAAGAAUUAGAGACUCUCAUUUCGGAUAUCGAGAAGCGCUGCGCAGAAAUCGAGGAAGAUCGAUUAGCUGGCAAUGUGAUUACUUCUGGACCAACCGUCGAACCAUCUAACGGUGACGUUGAGCCGGCGGACGAUAUAUCACACUUAGUAAGAAAGAAACGCCCUGUUGCCGCUACUGUUUCCGAAAAUUCUUCUGAAGUUCAAAAUAUUCAAACAGACGGACACAGUCAUCCCGACCCAAAGAAACCAAAACUUACUGAUAGCAAUGGGGUAAAAAUUCCUGCCGAAGAAGAAAUCUAGGCGGUGAGUGUGUCCCACUACAACCAAAGAUGCCUCGGGAACUGCAUUUAACUUGCAUAGAUUUUUACAAAGCAUUUAUACUAUUUUUUGACACAACAUUCGUUAUGAACUUUUUCGGUGAACUGAAUUAAAUACCUGGGAGUAAUGUGUGUAGUUUGUUUUCCAUUAUACAUACAUGGCAUAUGUCAAUGAAAAUAUUUACCCUUGCGUA